AUGGAGAGAAUGCUAAACCCACUGCUGAGCAGUAGUGGUCAGGAGAGCUCCUCCCUUCCACCAGUGCUCACUUGUGUGGAAGGUGACUCAACCCAGGGCUCAAGUGCAGCUCUGCUGCAUGCAGCACAAGGACCAGCACUGCAGCAGCAUGGACAGGUCAGCGGCGCUCCGUGCCGGGCCGUGGGAGAGCGCUGCGGGGCCCGUCCCGCCGGACCCGCGGCCAUCCCCGCGCCGUGCCGGCCGCCCCGCUCCGUUCCGCUCCGCGCCCGCGGAGGGCUGGCGUGCAGGCACAGCCCCGCGCAGCGCCGGGGCAGCCGGGCAUCCGCGCCCAGCCCACCUGGCUGCCCCAGCGCCCCGAGAGCGGAGGCCCCGCUCCGGCUCCCGUCCCGUCCCGCACCGCUCCCGCGGCUCCCCGUCAGAGGGUCCCGCGUGUGCGCCCGAUGGCGCAGCCCGAAGGAGCCGCCCCCGCGUACUCACCGCGGCGGACACGGCGCUGAGCUCGGCGCUCAGCAGCAGCCCGAAGCCCAGCCAGAGCCGCAUGCUGCCGCGCACCGCACCGCGCCGUCGGUCCCUGGGCGGCGGGGCGCCGGCGACUCACAGCAGUGGGGCUCCGCGGGGCCGGCCCCACAUGCGCGUCUCUUCCCUCCGUCGCGGCCGCGGCGCCUGCAAUGCCUCGGGGGCGAAGGACUCGACUCGUCGUACACGAUGGGCGGUGGCAGCCCCCCCUCUCCUCCCCUCCGGGCGGGGACCCUGGGAGGGCGCAACCUCGCCCGCUCCCGUUCCCCGCUGGCCGCAGUUCUUCCGCCUCCCGGUCCCCGCCGCGGGUGUGUGGUGGGCCGCGGGGGGCGCGGGCGGAGCUGGGAGGCGCGCCGCUUCCCCGCCGCUUCCCCGCCGCACACGGCCGCGGCCGCCCGGGACGGCACGGGAUACGGGGCUUUUACUGAUCCUGAUGGAAGUUGUGCUGUCAGCCGUCAAAGUGGACGCUACGUCAUUUUGGAAAACCUAAGCAUUCCACAGCAGGAGGCAAAGCUGCCAUCGCAGAGCGCGCUCGCAGCGUCAUAUCGACCUCCAGGAGCCGGGCAUGGGGGCUGCGGUGGCUUCUUGCCGUCCCCAGCCCCGAGGAAGGAGCGCGGGGAGCCCAAGCCUCGCAGGGCGAGCGGCCGGAGCUGCUCCGCCCCAGCUCCCCGCGUGUGUCCGGCCGUGCGGGGCCGCACCGUGCGGGGCCGGGCUGCACCGUGCGGGGCUGCACUGUGCCGUGCGGGCUGCACCGUGCCGGGCCGCACCGUGCGGGGCCGGGCUGCACCGUGCGGGGCUGCACCGUGCCGGGUCGGGCUGCACCAUGCCGGGCUGCACCGUGCCGGGCCGGGCUGCACCGUGCCGGGCCGGGCUGCACCGUGCGGGCUGCACCGCGCGGGGCUGCACCGUGCCGGGCCGCACCGUGCCGGGCCGGGCUGCACCGUGCGAGGCUGCACCGUGCCGGGCCGGGCUGCACCGCGGCCCUUGCCAGCAUCGCUGCUGUUAUUGCUGCUGCUGCUGCCGCUGUCCCGGGAGCGGUGCCCGCCGCUCCCGCCGCCCCUUCCUGCCCACUCCCUUGCCCGGGUGGCAGCAGCUCCGCCGCGCUCCUGGCGCUUUACAGAAAGUGCAGCGGGUGGAAAGAAAUACACAGGACCAUGUGGAGGCAGAGACUGCAGUGGAGGAUGUCAGUGUUUCCCUGAAAAAGGAAGCCGUGGCCAGCCAGGACUCCUUGGAUCACAGGGAUUCACUGGACCACCGGGAUUGAUGGGAAUCCCAGGAGUGCAAGGUCCCAAAGGUCACAAAGGUGAAAGAGGAUACCCAGGAAUAACUGGACCCAAAGGAGAAGUGGGACAAAGAGGAGUCACUGGAUUCCCCGGGGCAGAUGGCAUUCCUGGUCAUCCAGGCCAGCCAGGACCAAGGGGGAAACCAGGUCAUGAUGGCUGUAAUGGGACAGCAGGUGAUCCUGGUGAUGCAGGAACUCCUGGAUUCUCUGGUUUCCCUGGUAGCAUUGGAGUGCAGGGGCCCAAGGGCCAGAAGGGGGAGCCGUACAUAGUGGCGCCGGAGAUCAUCAGCCGACACAGGGGAGAUCCUGGGGAUUCAGGGGUCAUUGGUUUUCCAGGACCUCCGGGUACACUGGGUAUUCAAGGACCUACUGGUCCAAGAGGACAGCGAGGAAGACCAGGACCACCAGGACCCCCAGGGCCCCCAGGACCACAAGGCAACAGGGGACUUGGCUUCUUUGGAGAAAAAGGUGAACAGGGCUCUCCAGGUCCUCCAGGUCCACCUGGGCUUCCUACAAGAGAACUGACAGGUGUCCCCCCUGACAAGCACAAGGGUGAAAGAGGAGACCCUGGACCAAGAGGAGAAGCUGGAAUUCCAGGUGUUCUUCUCUUUCCUCUCGAAAAAGGUGAAGCAGGGGUGGUGGGCUACCCAGGACAAAGGGGACUGCCUGGCAUCACUGGUUUUCCAGGACUCAGUGGAGAAAGAGGUAUUCCAGGAUAUGAUGGUCCACCCGGUGGCCAUGGUCCCAGAGGAAGCAAGGGGGAGCCUGGUGAGAUGGGUCCUCCAGGGCCAGAUUCCUAUUUUCCUUCCCGCAUCCCAAGGAAAGGUGCAAGAGGUGAUCCAGGCUUCCCAGGUGUUUCUGGACUCCCAGGAGACAGAGGAGACGAGGGAGAUCGUGGAUUGCCUGGUCUUCCUGGAUUUUCUGAUGCGGAUGGGGAUAAGCCAGGCUUACCUGGAGAAAUGGGACCAAAAGGUGAAAAGGGUGAAAUUGGAUCUCCUGCUUAUUUUGCGGGACCGCCUGGGCUUCCGGGCAAGGAUGGCUCACCCGGAAUUCGUGGUCCACCUGGUCCCGUUGGAGCCCCUGGUCCUCUCUUUGGAUUAAAAGGACGAGAGGGAACACCUGGUAGAUUUGGUGUGCAAGGUUUCCCUGGGCCAAGAGGACAAAAAGGACCUAAGGGUGAAGAAGGGGAUUGCACUAGAUGCCUUUUGGGUGAGGAACUCAGAAGGGGCUCUACUGGCCCCCGUGGCCCUCCUGGCUUUCCAGGAACCCCUGGCCAGCCUGGAAGGAAAGGAGAACCUGGUGAUCAAGGACCACAUGGUCUUCCUGGCUUCCCUGGAGCAAAAGGAUAUUCGGGUCCAGCUGGAUUUCCUGGACGGAAAGGAGAAAAGGGAGACUCUUUACACAUAACUACAAAAGGCACCAAAGGGAUCCGAGGAGACCCUGGGCUGCCUGGAAUCAGAGGUGAGGAUGGUUUCCCAGGCAGAGAUGGAUUGGAUGGUUUACCAGGACAGCCUGGCCUUCCGGGUGAUGCUAUCAGAGGUUUCCCUGGGGAUCCUGGUUAUCCAGGUGAAUUAGGCCCAAAGGGCUUUCCAGGAGAAGCAGGCCUGCCAGGUGAAGGAUUUCCUGGUCCAAAAGGCUUCCGGGGUCCUCCAGGUGACCAAGGACAAGCUGGAAUCCCAGGAUCUCCAGGUCUGCCUGGUCUCCCAGGGGAGCCUGGCCAACUAGACUGUGGGCAGGUCAUUGAAGACUUUCCUAGAGGAGAUGGAACCGAACCAAUAUGGUCAGGUGCAGGCUGUGUAAGGCCACCAAAGGGAUCCCAAGGAAAGCCAGGAUUGCCAGGAGCCACAGGUGCAAAAGGUACAAGAGGAUUCCCAGGUGAUCCAGGUCCAAUGGGUUUUCCAGGGCUAAAUGGUACACGAGGUGAUCCAGGUCGGGAAGGAUUCCCAGGUCCUCCAGGUUUCACUGGACCCAGGGGAGACAGAGGCCCAAAUGGGCUACCUGGACUGCAGGGACACCCAGGCCUUACAGGAAAAUCUGGAGCUCCAGGAGCACCAGGACCGAAGGGCCUUCCUGGUGACGUUUUUGGAGCAGCAGCAGGGGCCCGAGGGGAUGUCGGCCUCCCUGGCUUGCCAGGGCUGAAAGGUGCACCAGGAGAUCAAGGAGUACCAGGAACUAGAGGAGCGGAUGGUAGCCCAGGUUUGCCAGGACCCAAAGGAGAUCCCGGGCCACAAGGUCUCCCUGGUUUGAUGGGAUUACCAGGAACACCAGGAGCACAUGGAUUCCCAGGUCCACCAGGAAACCGUGGGCCAGAUGGUGGCCCUGGCUCUCAAGGACCUCUCGGUCCACCUGGUGCUAGGGGAGAAGAUGGUGAGCAAGGUUUUCCUGGCCCCGUGGGACUGAAGGGUCUGUCUGGUGACAAAGGUGACAUGGGUCACACAGGACUGCCAGGUAUACGUGGUGUGACUGGUCCCCCUGGCAUAAGUGGAAUGGAUGGCUUUCCAGGAGAUAAAGGCUUGAAAGGCUCACCUGGCAUUGAUGGUUUCAAAGGCAUGACAGGCCUAAAAGGAAGACCAGGCAUCAAGGGAAUCAAAGGAGAAUUUGGCCCGCUUGGGGCUCAGGGAGAUAAAGGCUCACAGGGUGCACGUGGCUUCAAAGGUGACCGUGGGGAUCAAGGCCCCCCAGGAGACCCUCCAAAGCUCAUGCCCAGCAUGAUGAUGGAAGUUAAAGGUGAAAAAGGAGAUGUUGGAGAAAGGGGCACAAAGGGAUUCUUUGGCUUAAAAGGUAGCAAAGGAAUGCCAGGCCUUCCUGGAAAGACAGGAACCCCAGGGUCCCCUGGGCAUCCCAGCUACGUGGCUGGUGUGAAAGGAGACAUCGGUGCCAAAGGGCUGACAGGUGUGAAAGGGUAUCCUGGUCCUGCUGGUUCUCCUGGCAUCAGAGGCUUCCCUGGCACCACAGGAGUCAGAGGAGAAAAGGGCAUUCCAGGAAUUUCAGGCCAUUUUGGUACUCCUGGCUCACAUGGAGAAAUAGGUGAUCGGGGAGAUACUAUAAACUUACCAGGAAUGCCAGGCCUGAAAGGGGAAGUUGGUGUGCCAGGCUUAACAGGCAUAAGAGGAGGUGUGGGACCAAAAGGAGAAGGUGGUGAUCCUGGUUUCCCUGGAAUUGAAGGCCUCAAGGGCACGCAGGGUGUCCCUGGCUCUGUGGGACAGGAAGGUUUGCCAGGACUGGUUGGCCCCCCAGGGCAGCAAGGAAGCCCUGGCACUCCUGGACUUACAGGUCAAAAGGGAGCUCCUGGCUGGCCUGGCUUACCAGGACAAGCAGGCCAGCCUGGCUUCAGAGGAAUCAGUGGACUGCAUGGUUUACCAGGCACUAAGGGCUUACCAGGAUCACCAGGUCCAGAUGGGUACGGCUCUGCAGGUUUCCCAGGUGCAGUGGGGGACAAAGGAGAAGCAGGAGAGCCAAGCAGAGUAGAAGGCAGCCGAGGACCUCCAGGCCAGAAGGGAGAGAGAGGUGUUCCAGGAGUCCCAGGAUCCUUUGGUAUUCCUGGGCAGGAAGGAUUUCCAGGGCCUCCUGGGAUUUCAAAUAUAUCAGGAUAUCCUGGUGAUAAAGGCUCCCCAGGUCUAGAUGGAGUACCAGGCUAUCCAGGACCACAGGGGCAGCCUGGAACACCUGCUCCACCAGGAAGCAAAGGAGAAAGUGGAGAAACAGGUAGGACUGGAGAAAUCGGCCCAAAAGGAAGUAGAGGUGAUCCUGGAUUAUCAGGAAGACCUGGCCUGCCUGGAUUCCCUGGACCAAAAGGUCCCAGGGGUGAACAAGGUGUCAUUGGCUUUAUGGGCACAGUAGGAUUUCCAGGUGACCUGGGACCCAUUGGACCCAAGGGGGAUAGAGGAGUAACGGGCUUCCAGGGACCUCCAGGUUCUCCUGGGCGAGCCCCUGAUCCUCCAAGGCUGGUUGCUGAGCAAGGUUCACCGGGUCCCCGUGGAAGUAUAGGACCUCAGGGAAGUCCAGGAGAUAUGGGACCUCAGGGCCCACCAGGAGAUCCAGGUUUCAGAGGCUCACCAGGAGAGCCAGGACUCCAGGGCAGGGGUGGCAUUCCAGCUCCUCCUGGCUCCAGAGGGGAACAAGGAGGAAUGGGAUUUCAGGGUCCGGUGGGAUUUGAAGGCCAGCCAGGCCGCCCCGGCAGCCCCGGGCCCCCAGGCAUGCCGGGCCGCAGUGUCAGCAUGGGAUACCUGCUGGUGAAGCACAGCCAGUCCGACCAAGAGCCAAUGUGCCCAGUGGGCAUGAACAAACUCUGGAGUGGAUACAGCCUGCUCUAUUUUGAAGGACAAGAGAAAGCACACAACCAGGAUCUAGGGCUGGCUGGCUCGUGUUUGUCUCGCUUUAGCACCAUGCCAUUCCUCUACUGUAACCCUGGGGACAUUUGUUACUAUGCAAGUCGAAAUGAUAAAUCCUACUGGCUCUCAACCACAGCACCUCUCCCAAUGAUGCCCGUGGCAGAAGAAGACAUUAAGCCAUAUAUCAGUCGCUGCUCGGUCUGUGAGGCCCCAGCUGUGGCAAUUGCUGUCCACAGCCAAGAAGCUUCUAUUCCUCACUGCCCUGAAGGCUGGCGCAGUUUGUGGAUCGGAUAUUCCUUCCUUAUGCACACUGCUGCUGGUGAUGAAGGUGGAGGACAGUCGCUGGUUUCUCCUGGGAGCUGCCUGGAAGAUUUCAGGGCGACUCCUUUCAUCGAAUGCAACGGCGCCCGCGGAACCUGUCACUACUUUGCAAACAAAUACAGCUUCUGGCUCACCACCAUCGACCAGCCCUUCCAAAGCAAGCCCUCGGGAGACACGCUCAAGGCAGGACUCAUCCGAAGCCAUAUCAGCAGAUGUCAAGUCUGUAUGAAAAACUUAUAG